AUGAUGUAUUUUGAAUCAUUAGCGAACGAAUUAUUUCUUGAAGUAUUUAAAUAUCUUUCAACAUCACAUAUUUAUCAUGCAUUUCAUGGUCUGAAUAUUCGUCUCGAUGAACUUAUUCUUGAAUAUUUCCGAAAUUCUCAUCUCGAUCUUCGAUCGAUAUCGAAGCUUGAUUUUGAUAUUAUUGUUCAAGAAUAUUUGCCAAGUAUGCUGGAUCGAAUAACUUCACUUUGUCUGUCCGAUGAUGAUGAUACACCGGGACAAAUCGAUGAAUUCUUUUCACACGGUUUAAAACUUCGUCAAUUAGUGAAUUUACAUUCUCUUCUUUUGAAUAAUAUUCGAUCGGAGAGUAUCAUGGAUACAAUCAUCUUAGAUUUACCAUAUUUAUCGAAUUUGACUCAUUUGACUUUCGAACAAUGUUAUUUUGCAUCGCAAAAUACUUUAGAAAAAGCGUUCACUUAUGGAAAUUCGAUUUGGAGUUUACCACAACUUAUUUGUCUUUGUUUUAAAGUGAAUUAUAAAUAUCGACAAUCACAUCAUAUUGUUGAUAAAUAUCGUCGAGAUAGUGGUAUUUGUAUUCAUUUAGGACUCCAUGAUUAUCAGUUUCACUUAUCUAUUCAUCUUAUUUGCUUGUCAAGAUAUCAUUUUCUUGGGAAUCAAAUUUCGUACACGAUGAUGCACAUUUAUUUCACGAAAACUAUAUUCAAUUUCUUGUUUAUGAUUACCCUACAUGAAUCUCAGGCUGGCCAAUAG